CUUGGAGCUGUUCAGACCGCUGCUGCUAUCUGUGCGGCGAGCGAGUGGUGACGAACAGACCUACCCUGGUCACGGAGCACCGUAGCGACGCGGUCAGUACAGCGAGUGACGAACGAAGACGUACUAUUAGCGAUAGUAGUGUCACAGCCGACAGAAGGUCGACUGUCAGUCACUGUGCUCGGUAACAACUCGCGGAGUGCGGUCGUGGAGAACUGCAGCCACAAUGGCAUCCGUAGUAGAGCAGGCGUGAGGAGAGGCGGCAGCCCCGAAAAGGGAGAAAGACUAGAGCAAGAGUCACAUGUGAAACGAACCGGUAACUGACGCCAGCCAACGGUAAAGGCAAUGGGGUGGCCAGGGCGGGUAGUCCCUUGAGUAUCAGGCGCAUAAGCAUACAGAGCUUCUAUGAGAAGGCGUUGAACAGGCGCGCUCUUCGAAAACAAACUAACACGACGGGCCGUCCGUCUGCAGCAGUAGUAGGGUAGUGAAUCCCAGGACCAAGCAGGACAGUGAACGAAUCACAGACAUACAGGACAGCGGCUUCCAGUAUUAGUUCGACGCGGGCGAAACUCUGAAGCUGCGAUCGGCGACUGCUUGCCGCUGAUGCAUUCCAGUUGGCCGUCGCUGUGACUGUUUCUAACGCGAUUGCUUCUCGAGCGAACGUACAGAAGAGCUCUAAGAAACGCUUCUGCACUGAGGAAAAAAGAAGGGUUCGGUCGCUGGGUCUGACUGGCUUCACCGGUACGAUACAGUCUGAUGUGCUACGUUACGUGCCAACCUGUUUCGUUGAUGCUGUAUACAAUAACCUGGUGAUACAAUGAUUUGUAUUUUGGCUGAAGCAGCAAAUCUAGCGAUAGAAAAUUGGCAUUAGUUGUGGGGAGCCGUUCGUGUCACGUGAUAAAACUCUUGCUGCAGGUUUUUCGUUAGCGACUACAAAGUGCAACCGCAAGAGAGGCAAAUGGCGGUUAGGUGGCAAUAACUGUAGCAUCAGUGCCACCAUCACGAAUCGGAAGGAAGGUCAAACAUGCGCAUUCGAUCCUCAGUGCCGAGAACAGUGCACAGAGGCUAACAAUCCUAACCGAAGAGCUAGUCUGUUCAAGAUAAAAGUGAAUGGGUUUAGCGUUUGUCUGAUAAAUAAUAGAGUACGUCUCUGCUUUAUUUAUCUUCUUUAAUGUUGAAGCCUUCGAUGGAGGGGAAGAACAGCAAGCGAAGACUGACCGGUGAACGGCGCGUCGUUUGAAUAGACGCUACCAAGACAACGGUCCUGGUGCGUGCGCGACACAGCUUCGAUACUAGUUGUCAAAAACAACGUAAGGGUGAUCCAGAGUGCUUCGGAGAGAUUGGAGCGCUUGGCGUCCACCAACCAACGAUUAUUCGCAGCAGUGUAACUGUGAAGAAAAUUUAUGUGCAACUUCAUUUGUUAUUGUUACUAUGUGAAGAUAAACAGUUAUACGUAUUCGUUGACGUGUCUCUGUUCUCUACCGUCGGAUACACGCAUCCUAGAGGUUCAUCUCUCAACGUAAAACGUUACGGCCGAUCUGAUAGGUGACAGGCAGGGACAGUGGCAGCUAACAGUCGUACUUGAUUGAGCCUGGUUUCAAAUGACUCUGUUUUUACAUAUAAAUAGCUCUGAUACAUUUAGAAUUUUCGGUGUCUGCCCGCUCAUCUACGAGCAGCAACUUAAUAAUUCUUAUCGGUUAUUUCUGGAGAGAUUUGUUUCGUGACACGAUAGAUCAACAGAGUGUGUCGUACAUCAACGAAGUUAUACGAACGGGAUUUGUGAUAAAACUGAUGAUAUUGGCCAGUGGAGCUGAUAUGGGAGUCAAUCCAUUAUUACAUCGACUGGAAUACAAAUUGUCUCUCUGUUCAAAUGUAUUGUAAAGUGUUUUGUGGAUUUUCGUGAAAGUUUCAUUUCAUUGACAUUUUGGAUUUGUCUGCCACCGUAGCCAGCCCAGAACGGACCUCACAGCUGAUAAGAUCAGAAAGGCCACGCUGGAGCUCAUCUUUGUUUUUUUUCGCGCAAUUUUCCUUAUCAGACAGAAAUCGAACUACCAGCUUCACGAUCAUCGUCAAGCAGUGUCUGUGUGCGGAUACACGAUGCGCACGGAUUCCCUAUGAGAGCGUACACUGACCACGAGAGUGACUGCAGACAGCGCGUCGUUCAAGGGACUCCUACAUAUACGCAGGAGGAUGGGGCGAAACCUUCGAUCAGUAUUCACCCGUUGCGACGCACCGUUGCCCCUGGGACGUAAAUAUGUCGCCAUCAAAUUGCUCACCAAUCAGACACUCUACUUCGCUGUUGAGUUGAAAUGCACAGUGCAGGACAUCUUCGAUCAGCUGUGCUGUUACCUGGGCAUUGUUGACUCGCAACUGUUUGGCCUGGCCAAGCAGGUGCAAUCAGGAGCCGUAACUGGCGAGUCACCGGAGUUCUGUUUCGUCGAACAGGGGGCGCGACUGGCGAAGCUUGCGCCUAAAGGAUGGAAGGGACCGACCUCAGCUGGGCUGGAUGGUCACGGUCGACCGUUGAUCACGUUACACUUGCGGGUCCAGUAUUUUGUAGACUGUAUGAUGUUCGUCCAGCAAGAUCGGGUAGCGUGUCAGCAUUAUUAUCAACAUGUCCGUGCGAAUCUGCUGGCUCAUGACUGGGCUAUGAGUCAGGAGAAAGCAUUUAUUCUGGCAUCAUUAGCUCUCCAGGCCGACCUCGGGAACUACGAUCCGGCGAGGCAUCGAGGUCGAUAUUUUCAACCUAACCAGUAUUUUCCCUGGAACAUUGUCCAGACCGUUGGCGAGUCAUUUAUUGUUGCUAAUUUGCCACUCAUGCAUCGGGAUCACCGCAACCUCAAUCGAGGGUCGGCACAACUGGCGUUCAUCAAGGAGUCACAAGAGUUCGCAAUGCAUGUUUAUCGGGUACAACAGAAGAAGUCCAACUUUGACUUCACUUUACUAGGCGUGUCAGCACAGGGAAUUCAGGUAUAUCAGCCGAUUACAACACCGGUUCUAGCUUGUCAAAGCUGUAACGUUGUCAUCACAAGGGAGACGGUAUUUCCCUGGUCGGACAUUUCGAAGUUGACAUUUGACCGGCGGCGAUUCGAGGUUCGCCUGGAGGGACGGUGUCGCCAGUUGCUCAAGUUCGUCUAUAACUGCCCCUCUGAGGCGGUCGCCGGCUCUAUUCUUGAACUGUGUAAACGUACUCACCAGUUCAAUAUGGUGAUGCAGCCGCGUCUAGCGGAGCUCCGGAAUGUCGAACGUCGCAACCGAGUGACCAAGUAUCGUGAGUCGUACAUUUGCGAGCCGGACGAAACAGUCCGUCCAUGCGUCCACCAUGGUGGGACACAAACUUCAGUUAAAAGCGCGCUUCUCGGUACUAACGCAUUAAAUAGCGCAUUGAGUCGGCAUGGCUCGCCAGCGUUGAGCGGUAGCGACCCACGGAUAUCAGUAAUAAGCAGCAGCUCAUCAAAUACGACAUCGGGCGUGAUGUCCGAUAAACCACAGUCGCCAGAAAGCGAAGAAGAGGACGACUCUCCCGCUCCAGCCGCUGUGUCCCUCGAAUCAUUACCAUCAUCACACUUGAACAAAGACACGAGCGGCGGCUACUCUGAUUACGGCACCCUGGAGAACCUUAACAAAAAGGCGCUAUCUGAGCACAAUCUCAGCUAUCAUAAUAAGCUGCUUUCAGCAAAAAAUGUCGUGGCCGCUACUGGGGGCCAUCGUGGAACGAACACGCCCGACGCGAUGCAGUCGUACGUGAUCACUAAUAGGGGUAGCGGUUACUCCUCGAGGUGUCUCGCAUCAACUGAUGAAAUUAAUUUCUCAACGUCGUUGCUAAAGUCCGUGCCGGAAACAUCUACGUUGGAUAAAGCGAUCAGCCUUGAUAACAUUGCCUUAGCCAAUGCUUCCUUUUAUCAUCAUCAUAAACCACAAACUGAUUUGCGGAUAGCUGUUUCAUACGUGGAUGCUAUGAAGGCCAAUUCCGAGGAGUAUCUGUCGGACAGUUGCACGCCUCAGAAGGCCACCCCUCUGUACCUGAAGAAUCCGCACGCGCAACUUCGUGGCGCUCCACAACCUGCUACUCGGAGCACGUCGUUUGCGGGCCACCAAAAACCGCGACCUCCGCCGGUAAAGCCGCGCACCAAAAUAGGCAUUUCAUCACUUUCGCGUAAUCCGAACAACAAAGUGUGCUCUGAGCCGGAACUAUUACACUUGGCAAAGUCGCAAUGCGAUCUAACGUCGUACAGCUCCAUCGCAGCACCAGCGGCAAGCGUAAACGUCAGUUCGGACUCGUUGGACUCCGCAGAUGUUCUAGAUGAGGUGCGGCUCAAAUCCUCACAGCAUAACUUGCCUUUCAUGAGCGCGCUGUGUCAGGAUCGGUCCCUGAUACCGAAAACGGUACCAAACCUGCGCCAGAAUCCCACAGCAGGCAUUAAUGAUAGCCGAAGGUUCAGUUACUGUUCGUAUCUGCUCGCCGAUUCGCCGCGUUCCCUUCCCGCAAUAUCCGGUGGUCUUUUCAAGUUUACGUCCCUGGGCAAUAUGGCCUUGACGACCCAGCUAUCGGCCAUCCCACAUCCACCGGCACCGCUUCGUCAAAUGAUCCCUCAUAAGCUCUCGCAAGAAAACAACAACCCCAACAUGCAGCUCUCACAUCGCAAAGCGGUUGUUUUCUGAAUUGUCGACCCAGGGUUUUCAGCUGGACUGUCUGUGCGCAUCAACGGCAUAGUUAUUAUUCGACGUUGCUGCCGCUAUGCGCUUACGUACUCCGCUGUGUUUGUGAUCAAAUGGUUGCCGAAGUUAACUGGAAAGGCUGCCAUGAUGUAAGAGCCAGUAUCGUGAACUUUGAUGUGUAUCGGAAUAGCAUAAUUUCGUCACAAUAGAUUCAUUAUUGUUCACGCAUAGCUCAGGCUUAUUAUCAUGGAUCUGUCAUUUCUGGACCCCUAGCUCGAGUUCACGGACAACUGUUAUAGCAUGGCGUAUGGAUAGAUACUUAAGGUAAUAUAGACUGGUAAAUCCGUAAUCAAUAUUCAGAGUACAAGUUGGAUACAAGAAAAGAGAAAUGGUUUAUGUACACACACAAAAACACACCCACACACACACACAAACACACACAUACAUCUAUGUCAAAAAAUGGUAACCAAAACAGAGGCCAGAAUUUAAUAUGAAUAUGUAAAAGACUGACUUUAUCAUCAUUCGGCCACUCUCUAUUGAGCUGCUAUUGUUAAAAGUCUAGUUAUUUCUAAGAACCCAUUAAAAGUGCUCUUCCUGCUCAGGUAAGCCUUUGAAGCGAGCACAACUAGUUAAUUAGCAUCCAAGAAGGUUAACAAUUAAGUCCGCGCCAGUAGCGUAGGUUUCGAAAUUUUACCCUCUUUUCUAUUAUUUUUUGGCAUUCUUUGGAAAAAACGGCACCUAUAGACGCAACAGUGUCAUAAGAGGUUUUCCUCCGUAGUCGAGAGGCUUUCCAUUUUAAUAGAUCUGGCAAAACAAGCUUCUCUUUCCCAAGUAGCUAAUGACACCUUGCCAGAAGCAUUACACAGGCUUAAAAAGGUUUCACAAUGACAUCGAAAUCUAGGAUACUGCAGGAAAUUUUAAGCCUGUCGUUAUCUGAGUAUCCCUUAACCCGCGGUCGCUGAAGGCUCGACUUGCCGCUAUGCCUUUGAUGCACAGCGUGAUCAAGUCCAAUAGCCCUUCAGAUACAAUAUAGUUAGUAUUGACCGUAAUUCCAGUUGAUUUUAUAAUUUGUAUGAGGAACGUAAGAUUUCCAUAAAGGUUGUACGUAUUUGACACGAAGUACUAAGCACAUUCAUGGGCAAUACUGUAACUGUAGAAGCAACAUUUUCAUGUGGCAUCAAAGCAAUACAUCGAAGAUACUGUUUACCGCCGAAUUACAUUGUACAAUAUAUAUAUAUAUAUAUAUAUAUAAAGAGCGUUGAUGAGGUUUGCGACUACAGGGCGGAUAGAAAAACGCUUGUUUUUCACACAGUAGUAAUAAUCAACCAUUGGGCAUUGAUUCUGUCAAGUUCGACGUCCCCGUAAAUCACCCGUUUUGCUGGCGUCGUCGUAUCGCCAAUCGCCGGCCCGGCUUUCACACAAUAGUAUUGAUAUGAGAAAUCUUGAAUUCUAGUCGUACUUGACGCAAAGAUAUAAAUAUAUCAGUACGUAUCGAUCGUAUGUUUGGAAAGAAAAUGCAUAGAAUACACCUACGAAGGAUUUUCAUUGUUUAUGACUGUACUAGCGGUGUUUUCCUGAUUGAGGACUAUUUUCGAAACAACUUAAACUAAAGAGGAAACGAGUUUGUUGAUUCUACAUAUGAGGGCGUCGUCAUUUUGAUAUGCAGCGCUACUUAUUAAGCUGUACACAUUGUAUAGAAGGCGACCCGAAUAUAGGCUUGAUAAAACUUGAUAAAUGCAGGGUGGUGACGGGUCAGGUUACCGGUUUAGCAAUAAAAUAGAUUGGCCAGCGCACAUACUUAGAACAAAACGUAUACGAAUUUCCUUUAGGAAAAACGUAAAUGGCAGAUUAUUCAGCUUAUUUCGUUCCUCGGGUCUUUCGGCAAAGUUGUCAAGAUUAUCUAGACUUUUUAAGUUGCCCAUCAUCGUUACGAAUGACAAUAAGAAUGUAUUGUAUAUAUGAGUGCCAAAUAAACGCAAAGCUGACAAAGUAUUUAACGAACGACAGAAACAAGGAGUCAACAGGGUGUUUUUUGUUUCAGUCCGUAGCAGAUACAUAUAUAUAUAUAAGUAAUCCAUUUGUAAUGUAUCAAUUUUGGACUAAAGAACACAAGUUUCACAAAUAGAUACAGUAUGAAAAUCGUAUUAAAAUAUUGAAAACGUUAACAUAUAAAUCACACGUAGUUUUCAAACUUCUAUGUAAAAAAAAAUUCUUCUAGCUUCUGAAUUGUACAAGUGCUCUAAAUUUUGGUUUACAAAAAACUUCAGCAACGAUAGGUCUCAUAAGAAGGGCGGCUUUUAUGUGAACUCUCAGUGGGAAGCUGCGCGUCCAUCAAACUUCCUCUUCCAUAAUUUCAUCCCUUUGAAUGCCUAUUGCCACAUAGAAUCGUCUUGUUAAAGCUAGAUAUUCUCAAAGUAAAAUUUAUUCAGUUUCGGCUAUGAAAAACUUUCGAACUUGUCUUCGUGGUAAGAUAUGCCAUAAGAAUACCUUGCUUUUACGUUCUACUCACCUCUUAAUUAGCCGUUAAUUAUCUAUAGUGCUUGUAUCAUUUUGCGAAAUACAGCAAAUUUAGGUGUUUAGUUUUCUUGUAACUUAUUCCGAAUGAACUCACGUAAGUGGCGUAAGACAUUAACAAACAGGUAGAACCUUAAUCGUUCUAAACUAUUGCAGUAGAUGAGGCAAAAAGGACCUUGAAAGGUGCACAGUGCUUACUAUGCAAAGAACGAUACCCUCGCAAAAUUAUGUUUUUCGACCUAAGCUCGAUUUUUCGUCUCCAAAAUCGAUCACAAAAACAGCAUCCUAUGUUGGUUCGUAUUAUAAGCGAAAUUGUUCACUGCUCUUACCACUUAAUUGUAGCACAAACAUUUGAAUAAAGUCAAUGCAUCAAAUACAGAUGACCCUAAUACUUGUUGGUUGUUGAAAACAUAUUAAGCGUUUUUCUAGCUGAAUGGUCUAGAGUUAUAAUUCUCCAAAAAAGUUCGACAUUUGGGUUCCGUAUGAACUGACGCACAAGCAUUCACUCGAUCGUAUUUUCAUCUGCCAAACUUUAUAGAAAUGAAAUGAAGUUGACACAUUUUUAAAACGAUUGAUCACGGAUGACAAAAAAUUGUAGUCAUGCGGAUCAUGGACUAUACACAUUUCUUUUCAUAGACCUAAACAGCAUUGGUGCCAUUAUCAUAAUUAACACGAAAAAUAUAGUGAGUUUUUGCCGAUAUUUUUCUCUAUUUCAAGAAACUCUGUCUUAAGUCUGAAUCUAAGCAUUUCAAUAGUUCUAGCACAUCCACUACUGUUAAAUUUUAGCUUUCCACUAACAUAAGCGCUGAUCCGACACGACUUCCGAUAGAAAUUGAAGUAUGUGAUUUUAGAGCCAUCUAGCUAGAAGAACGAGCGGUAUCUUCUUGACGACUCCAUAUAUAUAUAUGUAUGUGUUAAUAAAAAAAAAAAAAC